AUGUCACGCACCUCCACCUCUCCAGAGAAAAUAACCCAAAUUUACACCCCCAACCCCUCCGGCACCGAACCCGCCAACACCCGAGCCAUCAUCUCAGCCCUCAACCUCCAGGUACACGUCGAAGGCGGCUACUAUGCGGAAAUCGAUCGCAAUCCUCUCACCAUUCCCAAUCCUUUCUUAGCGAAGAACGGCGGCGAUGAAGAAGAGGAUGUGAAGAAUACGGCGGAGAAGCCCAUGUCAGGUGACAAUGCAAUCAGAAACGCGAGCACGAGUAUAUACUACAUGUUGAGUGCAGUGAAUCCUCAGGGACACUUUCAUCGGAAUAAGGGGAGGACGGUACACACCCUCAUCUCAGGUCGAGGUCGUUACGUCCUCAUCCACGCCGACGAGCCCGGCACUAAGAAGCGCAUCGAAACGUUCGUGGUUGGGACUGAUGUCACGAAGGGAGAGAAGAGUGUAUGGAUUGUUGAGGGUGGGAAAUACAAGGCGAGUCUCUUGCUUGACGGAGCGGAAGGGGAGAGAUUGCUGAUUAGUGAGACCGUGAUACCCGGCUUUGAGUUCUCGGAUCAUGAUUUCCUCACGAUGGACAAGUUCAAGCAGAUUGUGACGGACGAACAGGCGAAGGAACUGGAGUGGUUGGACAAGUUCGACCUCGGAAUCUGGCACGCGCUCUUCAACUGGAACAACCUCACCGUCGCUGUCCAAAACCAAUGGGGCGGCCCCGACUCCUCCGAUAAGCGCGACUGGCUCGCAGGCCAAAUUUCCGAACUCUUCGCCGCAGAGCCCCUCACAGACCAAGAAGAUGUGGAAGUGGUCCUACUACAAGUCCUCGAGGACGAGUUCGGCGUGCGCGUAGAAGACGAGACCGAAGUCGCCGUUGCGCGCGAAAUCAUGGCGAUACGGAAGGAGAUUGGCGAGGGCAACACAGCGAUGGUGGAUGCGCUACAGAAGAAGUGGGAAGAUAGGAAGGGCAAGGAGGUUGCGACUGGGAGUGUUAAUGUUAAGGAGACGAAUCAGGACUUUGAGGGGGAUAGUGUGGAUGAGGAGACGGAUGAGGAUGAGGAUGUCGAUAUGGAUGAUGCGCCUGCGCUUGUGCCUGCGAAACCGAAGGCGGCUAAGCCUGAGCCUGAGAUCGAUGAAGAUGGCUUCACGACGGUGGUUGGCAAGAAGAAGAGGUGA